AUGUGGAUCUCUUCGAGACCUCGAACGGGAAUCAGGGUGGACGGACAACUGAUAGAACUCGUCGAUGAGUUCUGUUACCUGGGCUGUAUGCUGAAGAACAACGGCAGCUACGAGAGAGAUGUUCAGCAAAGAUGCGCUAAGGCCACUUCUGCAUUUAACUCCUUAACGAAAUGUCUGUGGUUGACUCCCAUCACCGACGAAGCCAAGCGAGUCUACCUAUCCGCAACUCACCCCAUCAUGAUGUACGGAUCGGAGACUUGGGCAGCUCCAUCUACGGUGAUGGUGAGGCUUGAUUGCACGGAACGAAAGCUGCUUAGACGGCUACUUGGACUUUUGACUUAG